AUGGCGUUUGCGGUACUGGUUCCCGCACUACGAAAACGCAAUUCAGAUGAGGAGCGCGCUAUGAUCUCUAGGGCGGAAACAAUUGCUCACGAAGAGUUCCCCGGCCACGAUUCCGACGACAUUCUUCUCGAACAUCUCCGCGGUGGUAGCUUCAAUCGCGUUGUAGCUAUCAAGAUUUGCGAGCCCGAAAAACCGCAAUUGCCGGCGUUUCUGGAAAAUGCACGCAAAGGUCUGAGUAAGCGCCUCAGUUCCAGCGACCCUAGAAAAUCUCGUCCCGGCGAAGAGCUGAUUCUACGGGCUCCACGCAGGUCCGAAAUCGACAAGUCCAUGUGGUAUAAUGUUGUCACACUGGCAUUCCUGGCGAGACGUCUCCCAUACCCGGUUCCGAGAGUGAUAUUGCAUAACAUAUGGCCCGAGAACCCUUUGGAGCAAGGCUAUAUGAUUCAGGAACGUCUCCCAGGUAUACCUUUGGUUGAUUAUAUGAACGAAGAGCUUCCUGAUGAGCAGUUAUUUGCCAUCGCCGAGCAAGUCUGCCAGGUUGUCGUCAGUAUCAGCAGUAUCACCCACCAUACAGCGGGCAUUAUUGGUCUAGGAAACACGGCUCUUGACUUCGAUGAAGGGGGAAAUUUCUUCACAACACCGCAGCACCUCCUCGGCCCAGCUGAACAGCGUCUCAACGACAUUGACCCAGAGCCGUGUAGGCCACAAACAACCGUCGAACUGCUGCUGGAACUUUGCGAUCGUAGAAGGAAAUUGGAGUAUGCAACUCAGGACGAAACAAAUGACGAAGUCUGGGAAGGAUUUUCCCGUAUCAUCCGCAAGCUCCACCAACUCGGGUUCCUGCCAGAUGAUGAGAAAUUUCACUUCUGUCACCGGGACUUUCAACCUCGCAACAUGCUUACCCAAAUACAGGAUGGGAAUCCCGUCGUGACGGGAAUCCUGGAUUGGGACUCGGCAGCGUUUGUUCCUAAGUUCGUUAGCAUGCGCGCGCCCUUCUUCCUUUGGAGUGGGUAUGCCGAUGACGAGUGGGACGAGUACAUGGCGGUCAAAAACUCUGAGCGACCUGAAUAUAAGCAAUGCAAACUGAUCUUCGAAAAGGUCGUUGGCCCCGAAUUCCUGCGUUAUGCAUACUCGCGGGAGUAUAUCAUUGCUCGCCGAGUCUUCAACGUCAUUGAGAAGGGAAUCUAUAGCCGGUACUCAAAGAUGGAAGCCCUAAGGAUAAUUGCCGAUUUUAAAAGGCUUAUCCAUCGUCAUAGUUGCUGCUGA